UCAUUAGAUUCAAAUCCGCCCCAUCGCUCUUCAAUUUCACUCUCUCUCAAAGAAAUAGACUUUACUACUACUCUUACUACUAUUUUCUAAUCCCCUACUCUUAAACCCCACCUCACAACUAUUUUCCCAACAUUUUGAAUUGCGGAGUACAACUCCAGAAGACCUUUAAAGGCGAAGAAGAGAAUGGAGGCUGGCUACAAUCCUCGAACUGUUGAAGAAGUUUUUAGGGAUUUUAAGGGUCGAAGAGCUGGACUCAUCAAAGCGCUUACUACAGACGUUGAAGAAUUUUUCCAGCAGUGCGAUCCUGAGAAGGACAAUCUCUGCUUGUAUGGAUUUCCUAGUGAGCAAUGGGAGGUCAAUUUGCCUGCUGAGGAAGUACCUCCUGAACUCCCUGAGCCUGCUCUGGGAAUUAACUUUGCUAGGGAUGGGAUGCAAGAAAAAGAUUGGUUAUCUCUAGUAGCUGUCCACAGUGAUGCUUGGUUGCUUGCUGUCGCCUUCUAUUUUGGUGCUAGAUUCGGAUUUGAUAAAGCUGACAGGAAGCGGCUUUUCAACAUGAUUAAUGAUCUCCCCACUGUAUUUGAAGUUGUGACUGGUGCUGCUAAGAAACAACAGAAAGAGAAAUCUUCAGUCUCAAAUAAUAGUAGCAACAAGUUGAAGUCAAACUCCAAAUCGCGAACAUCUGAAACUCAUGUCAAAAUUAUGAAGUCACAGCCAAAAGAUGAAGAAGAGGGCUUGGAUGAGGAAGAGGACGAUGAGCACGGAGAGACAUUAUGUGGUGCCUGUGGGGAGAACUAUGCAUCAGAUGAAUUCUGGAUUUGCUGUGAUAUAUGUGAGAAAUGGUUUCAUGGCAAGUGUGUCAAGAUUACACCUGCCAGAGCUGAGCAUAUCAAGCAGUACAAAUGUCCUUCAUGCAGCAAUAAAAGAGCUCGCCCUUAAUGUAGACCGCAAAUCUUUAGCCCCAAAGACUCUAUUUACUGCCUUGGUCGAUUUAGGUCCUUUCUUGUUCAGGUCAUUCAGUGCUAACCUGUGAAUGAAUGUAUUUCUGGAUUGGGGGUUCUCGUUCUUGGUAUAGAUUAUUUGUUGUAGUGUCAGUAGUAGUACCCUGAUUUAGUAGAACUAUCAUAUUUCUCGUUAAAUAGUAUUCCAGUUUCUCAUAAUCUGGUGAGAAAAGCGCGUUGCCUUAUCUGCAUUUAUUAAGUGGUAUAUCAAAAAUUAGA